AUGAAAGUCUUUUUCUUCUUAUCGUUGAUGAUCCAGUUGAUGGUGGUCAGUGCUAAACGUUCGUUACUGGCUACAUCUUUGGUUACAUGUAUGCAAAAUUCCCAAAUAUCCCCCACAUUUUUCAACGUCACAUUCAAUCCAGAUGAUCGAUCAAUCAGAUAUACCUUGGACUUGACUACUGAAAUCAACACAUAUGUCACUGCCCAUGUCCAAGUUUACGCCUAUGGGUUUCUCAUUAUUGAGCAAGACGUCGAUCUCUGUGACUUAGGCUGGAAGCAGUUCUGUCCGCUCUAUCCCGGUUCACUUCAGGUGGACAGUAUCGAAUACAUCAGCGCAAAGUAUGUCAAGAUGAUUCCUGCAAUCGCAUACCAGGUGCCUGACAUAGAUGCUGUUGUAAGAGUUGAAGUUAGAGAUCGGAAAUCUAAGAAAACAGUGUCAUGUAUUCAGUCGAAUUUCACAAAUGGUAAGACAGUUUCGCAAACUGGCGCUAAAUGGGCCACCGCAAUCAUUGCCGGCUUGGGUUUGGUCAUUGCAGCCGUCUUUUCCACAUUUGGAAGCUCAAAUGCUGCUUCUCAUAUUUCUACCAAUGCUGUGACGUUGUUUUCAUAUUUCCAAGCAGUAGUGAUCAUCUCGAUGCAACAUGUGGAAAGAGUUCCUCCUAUUGCUUCGGCAUGGGCAGAGAACUUGGCUUGGUCCAUGGGCUUGAUCAGAGUCGAAUUUAUGCAAAAAAUCUUCCGUUGGUACAUUCAGAGCUCGGGUGGGAGCCCAACAUUGUACUUCAGAAGACUGCAAAGCAGAUUCUAG